CACAUGAACAAGUCCUGUUACAUAUCAUUGCAUUUUUGUGGUGUUUAAUGUAAUUAUUUGACUAAUUGUUUAUUUUGCUGUACAGUGAGGAGAGACGCUGGUGAUGUUAGUGCAGUUUAGCCGGGCUGAGUUACGCUAGCUAACAAUGCACAUGCGAAAAUCAUAAAUAAUCUUCAGCAAGCGGUGCAGCGUCUCAAUACAAACGGUCGUGACACCAUGAAUUUGGUCCGCCUUGUGUCCCGUCACAAGACUGCACUGGCACUCGGGGUCCUCUUCUUCUUCACCGCCGUCCUCCUCUUCCUUGCUAAAUGCACCUCUGAGACAUUUAAACCCCCUGACUCCCCGGGCUCUGCACCUCGAGUCCAACCCCGACCUGAUCAUCCAGCGGUGCCUUCUGACAUCAAGAAGCUCUCGGCUUUUCUGGUGGUCCUCAUCACUACCGGACCAAAAUACACAGAACGACGCAGCAUCAUCCGCAGCACCUGGCUGUCCAAAACUGAUCCCGAUGUGUUCGCUCUGUUUGCAGUUGGCACAGAGGGCUUGCCAUAUGAGGAUGUGCGGAACCUGGAGACGGAGCAGGCACGGCACGGUGACCUCCUCCUCCUUCCCGAGCUCCGGGACUCUUAUGAGAAUCUAACUCUAAAGCUGAUUUAUGCGUAUUCAUGGCUUGACCAGAAACUUGAUUUCAAAUUCCUCCUAAAGGCCGAUGAUGAUACGUUUGCACGCCUGGACCUGCUCAAGGAGGAACUAAAGACUAAAGAACCUAGACGCCUUUACUGGGGCUUUUUCUCGGGACGAGGACGCGUCAAAGCGGCCGGGAAGUGGAAAGAGAGCGCCUGGGAGUUAUGUGACUAUUACAUACCGUAUGCAUUAGGUGGAGGCUACGUGCUUUCCUCUGAUCUGGUUCACUUUGUACACCUGAACUCGGCUUUUUUAAAGACAUGGCAAAGCGAAGACAUAUCGCUGGGUGCCUGGCUCGCACCUGUUGAUGUGAAACGGGUGCAUGACCCACGCUUUGAUACCGAAUACAAAUCAAGGGGGUGCAGUAAUAAGUAUUUGGUGACGCACAAGCAGAGCUUGGAGGACAUGCUUGAGAAGCACCAGACGCUGCAGAGAGAUGGUCGCCUGUGCAAAGAGGAGGUGAAGCUCCGUCUGUCUUAUAUUUAUGACUGGAAUGUCCCGCCUUCACAGUGCUGCCAGCGCAAGGAUGGCAUACCAUGAUUUCCAUCGUGUCUAGCAUAUUCAGUGUUAUUUAUUUAUUUGUGGUCCAUGCUCGACCACCCAGUUUUAUAAGUUUUGGAUCCUUAUUGCAGAUUCAUAAUUAAUAUAUGGUUGAGUAGCUUUUUCAGGGGUGUGUUUGUUAAUCCCGUUCUGAAUUCAAUGACGUGAGCUGCUUAUGUGUUGGAUUUGCAGAUCCAAUCUGUGUUGUUGUUGCUGCUGUAUCAUAUUACUUUACAUGUAGGAUUUAAUUUUUUCCUUUAACUUAAUUAUGAACCAACUAUUUAUGGAAAUGCUUGUUUGUAAUGAAAAGUGGGUAGGACUGUUGCCUUAUGCCUAGUUCACACUACACGAUUUUUGCCCUGAUUUUCACUCGCCGACUGACCGGCGCUAGAUUUGCCGGCUCGGGAGCAACGAUCGAAACAACUCGAUCCGAGCGCUCGGCAACCGAAGAGAGAUAUCUAGCAUGUCAAAUAUCUGGAUCUGAGUCACCCAACUGGCAAUGAGUACUAUGUCGAACAGCCAAUGAGAACGCAAGAUACGGUGUGAGGGGGAAAUGCAGGGAGGAGUUGUAAAAGGGUGGGACAGGGGCAUAAUACAGUUUAUAUCAGAAUACAUCGACAUACACACAAGUUUUACAGUGUUUUUGACCUUAUCGUUCUCUACAAAACAUAACACCCACGCUUUUCAUCUUUGCUUUAGCGCUGCCUAUCAGCGCACAAACUUGGAUCGCUCGCUACUUGUUGACGUGCAUUUUUAGAUGAAGAAGCUCUCCUGCGAUUCCAGUUGGUGAUAGAUGGUGUAGUGUGAAACCCCCUAUCGCCGAUCAGUUGUGUAGUGUGAAAGCCACACCGACUUCAAAGACUCCCGAUUACAAGAGAUCCAGUCGCGUAGUGUGAACUUGGCAAAUUGGACUGUAUCCAGGCUUUGCUAAAUUAACAAGCACCACUCAUAAGCCCACUAAGAAAUCAAUAAUAAUAAAAACUGUAACGACAGUAUUAUUAAAUAAUAACAAUAAAGAACAGUUUCAGAUUGUA